UCAUCAAUCCCAAAAGUAGUAGUUUUUUAAACACCUCACCGUCGGCAGCGAUUGGAAAUCUAGCAUUUCCCACAGUUUCCGGUGAGAAUUUGCUUUGCGGGUUGCGUGCGCGCUUUUCCGGGCAGUCGACAAAAACAAAACCGCAUACACCCGAAGAACCCAAAGUGAACAAUACUCCGUGACGGCAGCCGAUCGACACGAUUCCCCCUACCAAACGCCUUCGCUGUUGCUGCAGUGCUGCGAAAUAGAAUAAAAAAAACCCCCGCGCGUGAAUAAAACAGUGUGCGAACGCUCGCAGAAAGCGAAAACCCCUUUUCUUGGCCCCACCGUUCCGUACCCGCGAGCAUCAUUGAGUCGUUCAGCGAAAUGGAGGAAUCCAAAGGCAAGCUCAACGAUAUCAAUCUGUCCGAUGAUCCGGCGAUCACCCUCACCAUCCGGCUCAUCAUGCAGGGAAAGGAGGUCGGCAGCAUCAUCGGAAAAAAGGGAGAAAUCGUCAAGCGGUUCAGAGAAGAGUCCGGUGCAAAAAUCAACAUAUCAGACUGCUCGUGCCCGGAGCGAAUCGUGACGGUGUCCGGGUCCAGAAGUGCGAUCUACAAAGCCUUUACACUAAUCACGAAGAAGUUCGAGGAGUGGUGUUCACAGUUUCAAGACAAUACAAAUGCACAGGGUAAAACACAAAUUCCAAUCCGCUUGAUCGUCCCAGCUAGUCAGUGCGGCUCUCUGAUCGGCAAGGGUGGCUCGAAAAUCAAGGAAAUCCGAGAAAUCACCGGCUGCUCGAUACAAGUUGCAAGCGAAAUGUUGCCAAAUUCGACGGAACGCGCCGUCACGUUGAGCGGUUCGGCCGAAGCGAUUACGCAGUGCAUCUAUCACAUAUGCUGCGUUAUGCUGGAGUCACCACCGAAGGGAGCCACAAUCCCGUACCGGCCCAAGCCACAGGUGAACGGCCCGGUCAUAGUGGCCAACGGCCAGGCGUACACCAUCCAGGGUAACUACGCCGUUCCAGCGCAAGAGGUGUCGGGAAUCGCCAAGAAUCCACUCGCCGGACUGGCCGCCCUUGGACUGGCUGGCGCGAUUCCCUCCAACACCGGUGGACUCAACCCAACUGCUCUCGCCGCAUUGGCCGGUUCUCAACUGCGAACCAACAACAACCGCAACGUAGCCCCAGUUCAAUCGCAAUCCCAUGAAAUGACCGUGCCAAACGACCUGAUAGGCUGCAUCAUCGGCAAGGGCGGCACCAAGAUCGCCGAGAUCCGCCAGAUCUCCGGCGCCAUGAUACGCAUUUCCAACUGCGAGGAGCGCGACAGCGGCAACACGGACCGGACGAUCACGAUCACCGGCAAUCCGGACUCGGUGGCGCUCGCCCAGUAUCUGAUCAACAUGAGCUUUAGAAGUGGUGGUGAGGUUGGUAGCAACGGUGGCGCAGGGCUCGGCGGCGGCGGAAGCAACAACGGCACCAGCACCAGCAGCAUCCUGCGCCCGAUGACCGCGGCAUCCAGCAUGGCGGCGGUGGCGGCAGCCGCCAGCGUGCGCAACGGCAACGCAGUGGCAGCGGCAGCAGCGGCCGCGGCCGCCGCCGCCGCAGCCGGUGCCCCCCGGCCGGCCACCAUCGGCUACGGUGGGAUGGCUCCGGCCACCGUCGGUCCGGUAGCCGCCUUCCCCUAUCUCCGGUACGGUCUGAACCUGGACCGGAAAUAAUGUGGACUCGCAGCAGCAGCAGCAGCAGCCGGGAGGUGAACAGCAACCUCGUGCCAACCGUCACCGGAUCGAAACCUCACCGCCAUACAAUAUUGAAAUUGAACACAUAAAUCUAAAUCGCAUCGGAACGGGACUACAUAACAGUGCUGACCACCGUCUUGGAUCUAUUCCUGCUGGGGUAGGGGAAACAAAUCUCGCAUCCCACGGAAUCGGAGCUGUAGGAAAGGAUCCUACAGCCGAUAAGGAAUACACACAUACAGAAAAAAAACACCUCCCACAUCAACACCCGACUUGCUGAAAAUGGAGAAGAAAUGAGCGUAUACACCUUUUUUUUCGUCCUAACGCGUAACUGAUCGUAUGUUUUUGUUUUUAAACAAGCUUUGACCGGGCUUCGUGUUUUCCCCCCCUUAUUUUCCUUUCGUUUUUCACGGUUUUAUUUUUGUUUUUUGUAACGUUUUUCUAUUAGCAUAAGUCACAGGCAAUACAGGACAGGGGGAUGUGUGGUGGCUUCGGUGACCAACCAUGCAAUGGGUCAGACGGUCCACAGGAAGGGGGCCACCUAAAACAAAACAAACAAACAAACAAAAAUAUACUAAAACUAAAACAGAUGAGAUUUCCGGGAUUGGUUUCCAAAUAAAAACAAAACUUCCCACCCGUCGCGAAACGUGGUUGGAUACGUCGGGAAAACGAUCGUUCGUAGCAUAGUUGUUAGGCAUACUAGCAGGCGUAGAAAACUUUAACACACGCGCUUUAUCUUCUGUUUCGGAGGGUACAAUGCGCUUGUUUGCGUGGCCAUUGUGGAAACAUUAGGAUAUAAAAAAAAAAAACCGAUGCAUGUGUGCGUGUGACUGCUUGUGUAUGUAGCAGCAAAACCAAUAGGAAGGGUUCACGUAGAGUACAGGGACAGCAGAACAAACAAAUAGGAUGAAAAAAAACAACAACAAAUGAUAGGAAAGAAGAGAUGGUUCUGUUCGAUCGUACAACGCGAAGGGAUGCAGGCUGCAUGUCAAACUG